GACGGCAGAGACGUCCACCUGAGGAGACACGUGUGGACUACAGCUUAACAAUGAGCGAGUCCAGCGUCUGCCAGGUGAGGGCGAUGGUCAUGCUGUACGACGACACCAACAAACGUUGGGUUCCGGCGGCGUCAGACACUCCUCAGCUCAGCCGGGUCCACAUCUACCACAACCCGACCAGCAACGCCUCCAGGGUGGUGGGAAGAAAACUGCAGGCCGACCAGCAGCUGGUGAUCAACCUGCCGAUCGUCCGAGGCCUCAGGUACAACCAGGCCACCGAGAACUUCCACCAGCUUCGGGACGUGAAGCAGGUUUGGGGCCUGAACUUCAGCAGUAAAGAGGAAGCCGCCACGUUCGCCGCCGCCAUGACGCGAACGCUGGAGUCGCUCUCAGCGGUGCCGCCUGCAGCCCAGAACGCACCACCGGCCCCCCAGGAGCCGCAGGGAAGGCCAACACCCCCUGGGCAACAGAACCAAGCGGCCCCCCGGGCCGCCCCCCCGACUGCUCCCUCCGCCCCCCCGGCGCCCCCCCCACCUCCAGGACCUCCCCCGCCCCCUUCUGGCGCAAGUCCACCCGGGCCUCCACCCCCACCUUCUGGAGGAGGUGGGGGGCCGCCACCUCCCCCACCCCCACCUCCACCCCCUCCUGCUGGGGGAGGAGGCGGAGGAGGCGGAGGAGGCGGAGGCAACAACCUCGCCGCGGCUCUGGCAGCAGCUAAACUCAAAAAAGCAGCGAAGGAGGACGGCGGAGCGGCGGCUCCGGCCCCCAAACCAGCACCCUCCUCCGGCGGGGGGGGAGGAGGCGGCCUGAUGGGAGAAAUGAGCGCCAUCCUGGCCAGGAGGAAGAAAAUGACCCUGGAACCGGCCGCCCCCCCGAAGGAGGACACCGCCACCGAACCAGACUCUUCAAAGCCGGCGGGACCAGCAGACGUGAACCCGCUGAAGGACAGAUCUGCCUCCCUACCGAGCAAACCCAAGUUCAGCAGCAGCAGUUCCAGCCCCGGGGGAAACGCUCCGUCCUCCAGGAUGAAGGUGGUGAAGAAAAACUCUGAAGACGCUGAAGCUUCUGCUGAUCUGGAACUGAUCAAAAAGGGAAUCAUCGAAGAAGUGAAGAAAGAAAUGCACAAAGUGAAGGAAGAGAUUAUUACAGCUCUGAUUCAGGAGCUGCAGAAGUCGAACCUGCAACCCGAGAACUGAUGAAGACUCUGGAUGAAGAUGAUUCAUCCACAGCUCAGGAAACCACUUUUACAGAUUCAGUUUUAGGUUUUUAGGAUCUGUGGAUUCGUGGACUCGUCCUCAGUCUUGUGACUCAUUUCUUCCUGAUGAUUUGAAAUGAUUUAAUGCUGUGAAACUCUGUGAAACUCAGUGAAACUCAGUGAAACUCAGGGAUCCAUAAAAGCUUAGAAAUGUCUCGUCUCUCCUCAUUCGUCUCCAUGGAAACACGUCUGUAAUUUAUCUGCUGUCAAACAUCAU